AUGAGCACAAUUCCUCCCAACAAGGCCGUUGAUGGCGCUUUUGACAUUAUUUCGACAAACGAAUCUUACGAAAAAGAUGUGAAGAAGAAUCCCGAAGAAGCCACCGUCAUUGCUGAUGAGCAGUCCUUGUACAGCCAAGAUUCCCCCGAAAAGUCCCUUUCCGAUGGAAUUAUUAUCGAUGGCGAAACCUAUUUUCCUCCUACGGAAGAAGAAAUCCAAACACUUAGUCAUGUUCCAAGUAGCAUCCCUUUCUGUGCUUGGGUGAUUGUCAUCGUCGAACUUUGCGAACGGUUUGCUUAUUAUGGUUUAACUGUCCCUUUCCAAAAUUACAUGCAAUUCGGUCCUCACGACUCCACAAAAGGUGCUUUGAGUCUUGGUCAAUCUGGUGCUACUGGUCUUUCUAACUUCUUCCAAUUCUGGUGCUAUGUAACCCCUGUCUUUUCCGCUUUCAUUGCCGAUCAAUUCUUGGGUCGAUACAACACCAUUUGGGUCAGUGCUGUUAUUUAUUUUGUUGGUAUUCUUAUCCUUACUUGUACCGCCAUUCCCUCCGUCGUAAAUUCUGGAAAAAGUUUAGGCGGUUUCGUUGUUUCCCUCAUUAUUAUUGGUUUGGGUACUGGUGGCAUCAAGUCAAACGUCUCUCCCUUGAUGGCCGAGCAACUUCCCAAGGUUCCUCCUUAUGUCAAAACGAUGAAGAAUGGAAACCGUGUUAUUAUUGAUCCUACUAUUACUACUUCCCGUGUUUAUAUGUUGUUCUAUUGGGCUAUUAACCUUGGAUCUCUUUCUGUGCUUGCUACUACUAAUUUGGAACGCAAAACUGGUUUCGUCUACUGCUACUUACUUCCCCUUUGUGUCUUUAUUAUUCCGUUGGCUAUCCUCUUUGGUACCAAGCGUAUUUACAAACACACUCCCCCUGCCGGCUCUAUCUUUGUGAAAGUCUGUCAAGUUUUUUUCCUUGCCAUCCAAAACAAGUUCAACUUCCAAGCAGCAAAACCCUCUUAUCCCGAUACAAAGGGUAAGGUCGUUCUGAAAAACAAUUGGGAUGAUUUGUUUAUUGAUGAAUUUCUUCGUGCUUUGCGUGCAUGCAAAACUUUCCUCUUCUUCCCUAUUUAUUGGGUCUGUUAUAAUCAAAUGACCAAUAAUUUGAUUUCUCAGGCUGCUGAAAUGAAUACCGGUAAUGUUUCAAAUGACAUUUUCCAAGUAUUUGACUCCAUUGCUCUCAUUAUCUUUAUUCCAAUUUGCGAUUACGGAUUGUAUGUUCUCUUGCGUCACCUUCGUAUUCCUUUCCGUCCUAUAGCUCGUAUUACCGUAGGUUUUAUGUUUGCUGCUGCUUCCAUGGUUUAUGCUUCCGUUUUGCAAGCUAAAAUUUAUCAAAGAGGCCCUUGCCACAGCAACUUUACCGAUGAUUGUACUUUUAACUACAUUAACGUUUGGAUUCAAAUUCCUGCUUAUGUUUUAAUUGCAUUCUCUGAAAUUUUUGCAAGUAUCACUGGUUACGAAUAUGCUUAUACGAAGGCUCCUGCUUCCAUGAAAUCGUUCAUUACCUCUUUAUUUUUGUUAACCAAUGCUUUUGGCGCCAUUUUGUCUAUUUGCAUUUCCUCUACAGCCGUCGAUCCCAAGCUUACUUGGAUGUAUGCUGGUGUUGCCAUCACUGCCUUUAUUGCCGGUAUCGCGUUUUUCUUCUGCUUCCGCCAUUACGAUAACAUGGAAGACGAUGAGAACAAGCUGGAAUAUGUUCGUGCAAUGGAAGAGCAAAAGCAAGCUGUUUCCAAUGAAGUCGCUGAAAGCUAUAAUUUUGAAAAAGUCCCUACAAAUGGUAGUGCCCAUGAUGUUGACAAGUUCACAGCUGCUGAAGAAUCUUUGAGGGCUUGA